AUGAGCCUUCUCUCGGGCAUGACCGAUCUGCCUUUCAUGUUCGAGGCUGCUCGUGGGUUCCGUUCCAAGCAUCUGGCAGAGCUUCAUAAGACUCACCCGGUGAUUCGGAUUGGGCCUAAUUCUUUAUCCUACGGAGAUGUCCGGGCCAUUAAAGAUAUAUACGGACAUCUCACGAAGUGCACCAAAGACGAUAUGUACGAUCUGCUCUCCGGAACACAUUUCCACCUGGCCGAUGUCAUAGACAAAGGAGAGCACCAGAGAAAGAGGAAGGUGCUCUCCAGCGCCUAUGCAAUCAAGAACCUAGAGGACUGGGAAUACAAAGUUGCAGACAAGAUAAACCGGCUUGUCAGACAAUUUGACCGACGCUGUGCACCAUCUGGAAAAGCCGCAACAGAGGCGAACAUGGUCGACUGGCGGGCAUGGACCAACUUCUUCACCAUGGACGCCAUUGCUGAUAUUGGUCUGAGUGCGUCAUUAGGAUUCUUAGAUCAGGGUAACGAUAUAACGACUUCGGAAACCCUCGAUGGGGUCACUAGUCAAAUGAGCUACCGGGAGUGUCUGCACAGCCAAUUGACUGCUCUCUCCCUGAUUGUCUGGGCUUAUAAUUGGCACAACUGGCUUUGUCGAUGGGCUCGGAGACUUCCGCUGCGAGUAGGUAACCUUCUGAAGAAGGGUGAUGGAUUCGACGGAAUUGUGAUCCACCAGGCUCGGCAACGGCUCAAGCGGUAUCAGAGUGGCGAGAAACUCGAGGACUUCUUCCAGGCAUUGAUGGAAUCGAAAGAUGGGAUGGCACACCAUCUUCCCUUUGGAGAGAUCGUUGCUGAGAUAUCUAUCAUGAUGAAUGCUGGGUCUGUAUCUACAGCUGUUGCCAUCAAUAACGUCAUGUUGAUGUUGAUAAAGCAUCCAGAAAUCCUCAGAAAGCUCCGCGAGGAAGUUGAUGCCAUCGCCGAUGAGGAUGAAGUCUCAAUUUCCUACGACAAAGUCAAGGAUCUCCCCUAUCUUCGAGCUUGCCUGGACGAAAGUAUGCGCGUCCUGCCACCCACUCCGUUUGGUCUUCCUCGUAAGACCCCGCCAGAAGGAUGUGACGUCUUUGGCCAAUGGGUUACAGGCAAAACAUCUGUGUCUAUGUCAUCUUACGUUGCACACCGCGAUGAAAAGGUGUUCCCUGACCCCGAGAUCUUUCGCCCAGAACGCUGGAUGGGAGAGGAAGGCAAAAAGCUCCAACCAUACUUCAUCACCUUCAGUGCUGGUGCUCGUGGGUGUAUUGGCCGGAAUAUAAGCUAUCUGGAACAGACAAUCAUCAUUGCGUCCAUGGUUCAUCGAUACGAGUUUGAAUUGCAGUCACCCGAUUUCGACCAGACAGUUUACGAACACUUCAACUUGGUUCCUGGACCGCUUCCACUGAAGAUUUGGCGCCGUCAGAUAGGAACCUAG